AAAACUUCAGUCUAAUGACUUGGGAAGGAAUUCGAUUACAGUGCAGUGUCAGUAAGCUGAAGAUGGCAUCACCGGGGGCAUCACAAGAAGAGAGAAAGCAGUUUGAAAAAGAUGGCUUUCUUGUGGUGGAGAAUUUUCUUACAAAGGAAGAGGUAGAGUCACUCAAGUCAGAAUGUCAUGACAUCGUCCAGAAAAUGGACCCAAAGCAACAUGCCAAGUGUACAUUUGACACAUCUGAAAAUACUCAGGCCCGGAAUGAAUAUUUCAUGAACAGUGGAGACAAGAUCCGCUUUUUCUUUGAGAAAGAGGCAUUGGACAAAGAAGGAAAUUUGCUUGUUGACAAACAUUGCAGCCUCAAUAAAGUAGGUCAUGCCCUUCAUGAACUCUCACCUCCAUUCAAGAGGGUAUCCUGUUCCAAGAAAGUACAGGAUAUAGCAAGAAACCUUGACUUCAAGAAGCCUGUCAUUGUUCAGAGCAUGUAUAUCUUCAAACCCCCACACUUUGGAGGAGAAGUCACGGCCCAUCAGGAUGGUAUAUUUCUCCACACUGAUCCCCUUAAAUUGAUUGGUUACUGGAUAGCGUUGGAAGAUGCAGAGAUAGAUAAUGGUUGCCUCUACUUCAUCCCAGGCUCCCAUUCACGAGACAUCAAAACAAGGAUGGUUAGGGAUGCAGAUGGCAGUGGCACAGCUUUCCAAGGUGAACCUUAUCCCAUGAGGGUACCCGAUGAGGAUUUCAUUCCAGUUCCUGUCAAAGCAGGUUCCCUGAUUAUCAUCGAUGCCAAAGUUGUACACAAGAGUUCCCAAAAUACGUCCGAUAGAUCCCGUCAUAUAUACACAUUCCAUGUUGCAGAGUCAGAGAAGACAGAAUGGAGCAAAGAAAACUGGCUACAACCCACAUCUGAGAUGCCUUUUCCACAGCUCUAUACCCAGGACUAAAGUAAGGUGAGGUCUCACAUAAACAUGUAUUAUCAGUAACAGAUGCCAAAUUGAUGACUAAUCCACUCUCGACCAAUCAAAUGGCAUGGCUUCAGGAGCUUAUAACAGUAGCUUAUAAUCUGGUCCUUGAUGACAGGAUAUGUGAGACAAUGUUGAAAUUUUUGAAAAUGUUAUAAUGCUUUUCAGAAUACAGGGUGCAUUUCUUUUUAAAGACGGUGUCAUACAGUGUUUCUUAAUGCAUUUUAUGAUUUUAUCUUUUGAUUUGGUGGAAAUUGCAGGCAGAUGUUUCUUAAGAUUUCUUUUAAUCAUUGAAGAAAUUUUGUUUUGUGAUUGCCUGAUUGGGCUAAGUACUGUCAUGUGACCAAAGAUAAGUCAAUCAUGAGGACCAAGCAGAACGUGCUAUUCAGAGAUGACAUUGAUGUUAUUUUGUUUUGUGAUUGCCUGAUUGGGCUAAAUACUAUCAAGUAGCCAAAGAUAAUUUGAUCCAUGUCCACUAAACAGAACAUGUUAUACUUCGAUGACAUUCAUGCUAAAUUUGUUUUUUUUUAUUGCCUGAUUGGGCUAAGUACUAUCAAGUAGCCAAAGAUAAUUUGAUCAUGUCCACUAAACAGAACAUGUUAUACUUUGAUGACAUUCAUGCUAAAUUUGUUUUUUAAUUGCCUGAUUGGACAAAGUACUAUCAAGUAGCCAAAGAUAAUUCAAUCAUGUCCACAAAACAGAACAUACUAUACUUUGAUGACAUUCAUGCUAAAUUUGUUUUUUAAUUGCCUGAUUGGACAAAGUACUAUCAACUAGCCAAAGAUAAUUUGAUAAUGUCCACUAAACAGAACAUGUGAUACUAUGAUGACAUUCAUGCUUAAUUUGUUUUUUAAUGGCCUGAUUGGACAAAGUACUAUCAAGUAGCCAAAGAUAAUUCGAUCAUGUCCACUAAACAGAACAUAUUAUACUUUGAUGACAUUCAUGCUAAAUUUGUCUUUUAAUUGCCUGAUUGGACAAAGUACUAUCAAGUAGCCAAAGAUAAUUCAAUCAUGUCCACAAAACAGAACAUACUAUACUUUGAUGACAUUCAUGCUAAAUUUGUUUUUUAAUUGCCUGAUUGGACAAAGUACUAUCAAGUAGCCAAAGAUAAUUUGAUCAUGUCCACUAAACAGAACAUGUAAUACUUUGAUGACGUUCAUGUUGAAUUUGUCUUUUAAUUGCCUGAUUGGGCAAAGUACUAUCAAGUAACCAAAUAUAAUUUUAUCAUGUCCACUAAGCAGAAUGUGUUAUACUUUGAUGACAUUCAUGCUAUACUACACUAGGGCCCAUUUAUUAAAAAAGGCCGAAAUUCACAAAGGUGGUUUUUUAAAACCAUCGGUCUAACCCAUGGUUUAUGCAGAUUUCCUGUGUAAAUUAUGGUUAUUUACCACAUAUACAAAAAAUAUUCAAUGCUGAUGCGCGCCAUGGGGUUGAAUUAAUGAGUCCACCCUACAAACAGUGGAUUCAUGAAUAAAAUAGCGUAUGUAUCCAUGGCAACAGGCGUCAAUUUGGCGCACUGUGACAAAAGCGCGCAUCAUCAGCAUUGGACAUUUUUUAACAUGCACAGUAAAAUAAGCGUAAUUAUUACAGGAUAUCUGCAUGAACCAUGGGUUUAACUGAUGGUUCUAAAAACCACCUUCGUGAAUUCGGGCCAAAAAGGUAAAAUCAAACUCAUCCCCCCAAAAUCAAACACAACCAGAAUUUCAAUCAAUCGGAAGUGGACAUUUUUUUAGUUUGCGUUUGAUCUUUUGAGUUGUGCUCAAACUGAAUUCUUUCAGCAGCAUGCCUCCAAAUGAGAGAAAGGGGGACCUGGCAGGAGCCAAUUCCCAAAAAC